AUGGCCUCCAUGGCCUCCAUGGCCGUGUCGCUGGUCGCGCGUGGCAUUUAUAACGAGAACCCGCCAGCCAUGCAGACCAGAACCCAGAUCAAUCCGACCCUCAUGAUGAGCUGGUGGGCUACUAUAUUCUCCUUGGUCAUCAUCGUCGUGCGCCUAUGUGGUCGUUAUAUUCGCGUUGAACGCUUUUUCGCUGAGGACAAAGUCAUGAUGAUCGCCGUCAUCCCCUUGUUGAUUCGCAUGGUCCUCGUACAUUUCGUUCUCGUCUUGGGGACCAACAAUACCACCACUACAGGCUUGACAGAGAUGGAGAUAUCGAAUCGAGAGCUGGGCAGUAAGCUGGUUCUUGCUGCGCGUAUCUUCUACGCCAUCUUUAUCUGGACAACCAAAGUGACCGUAUAUGAAUUCCUAAAGCGAGUCACAGGCCUUGCCUGGCGUCAAUCGACAUCUUUCUUCCUCCGCUUCAUCUCCUACUUCCUCUUCUCAACCCUAAUAGCCGUGGUCAUCGCAACGCUAGCGGAAUGCCAACCCUUCUACCACUACUGGCAGGUCGUCCCAGACCCAGGCCCAACCUGCCGCACCGGCUACGUCAACCUAAUAACAAUGGGUACCUGCGACGUGAUAACCGACCUCCUCCUCGUGGCCAUCCCAAUCCCCAUAAUCCUCAUGGCGCAAAUGCCCCUAAAGCGCAGACUCACCCUAUCAACCCUCUUCUGCCUAUCUCUGAUCCUGGUCGCCAUAACCUCCUACCGCGUCCCCUCCGUAAUCCAACACAAUGGCUCCCAACCAUACCGCUCCCUCCUCGCCUCCUUUGAAAUCCUCGCCGCAACAGCAGUCUCAAACGUCCUAGUAAUAGGCUCCUUCGUCCGAGACCGCGGCGUCAAGAAACUAAAAUACAAGCGCGCCCAAGGCUCAGCAUCCGUCUCAGAAAGCAUGGAUAAAUCAUUCGUCCGCAGAAACACCGUCAUGCAAAACCAAUGGGGCUCAGACUCAGAACUAGCAACCGGUCUAUGCAUCCGUCUAGAUCCAGAUAUCCACACUAUCCCAGACACAUCAGACGCAACACGUCUACCAACACCAGCACCAAUCGCCCCACCAGCAAACGUGCCACUAGCAGUCGCUCGCACAGGAACCCUCGAUCCAACAUGGUCGUUCGCAACAACACGUCGCUCAGACGACGACCACGCCUCGGCGACAGAUAGUCUUGAGCGCAAAGUCUCGCCGCACGAGUACCUGCCCACAAACCAGUCCCCGCGCGACAUCUCAUCUUCAUCAGAGCCAUCCCGCCGCCUAUCCUUCUCAGAUGUCGGCGGUUUAUUGACAAGAGCACUGCCCGAGUCUGGUUCGGACCAUGUGCGCGCCCAGACUACCCUGUCCUCGCCGGUUGAAAGCCCGCAGCGCCGCCGAGGCGGCGGGAGUAGGGCUUUUUUGGAGGAUUUGGGGAUUUUUACACCACGCACUGCUGUUGGGUAUGGCCUUCGGCCGCCGCUUUCUGGUCCUGCAGAAUUGCCGUUUCCUGCUGCGGCUUUUGGGAAUCGAAUUUUUUCGAUGUCUGGUUCUUCGGAUGUGACGCUCGAUACUGAUGUUGAGCUUCAUGAUGUUGGUGGGUUGUUAUCGCGACAUGUGCAUUAA